AUGUCCAGCGGUCUAGACUCUGAAAAUCUGGGAUGCAGCACGUGGGGCCCCCCACGUCUCUCCAAAGCCAAGCCUGAAUAUCGCCAUGAUAAUAUACAACCAUGGGCUUGGGACUUCUGGGGAGUCAGGACUACAUCCCCAUUCGCACGGGCCUGCAAACUGAAGGCUUGCAACCACUUACAGAACUCCUCAACGGCACUGCACCGACAUACUUCCAUACCUUCAGAUAUUCACAACUAUGACACUUCUAUCAGUUCGGUGAGCACUAUGUACCAGGAAACCAACUACAGACUCCUCUCUCCCUGGUAUUGUACACCGUACUAUCUCCAUAAGGUGUUCCCCACCAUACCGAAAACCUGCUGGAGAUGCGUGGAGGUGGAGGGAAUGGUCAGACACAUAUGGUGGGACUGUCCCCGUGUAACACCAUAUUGGGAGUCGGUGGGCACCAAAAUUAUGGAAAUAAUGGGGGAGACCCCACCCUUUGAGAUAGACCAUGUACUUAUUCAUGCCACUCAAUCCCCUCUAGCCACCUACAAAAAAAUCUAUCUAUAG